AGAAAAGUAUAUUCUGUCAUCAGCAAUCCAUCAGAGUAACAAGUACUUUUCACUCCUCUCGAUCAGCAGCACUUGUAAAACCAAACCACAAAGAUGUACGGAAUACAAUUGAAAAGCUUUCUGCACCUUGCUCUGCUUUGCGCCGCCAUCAGCUUGAGCUGGUGCGGAUCCGACUACACUCCGGCCAGUUACACAGUCAGCGGAGAUACUUCCCCACCAGGCGACGGUUACGCACUGAAACAAAUAGUCAACUACGAGUACGCCAUCGACGACUAUUACGGUAACAAACAAUCCAAGAAGGAAACCAUCAAUGGAGUUGAAUACACGGCAGUUGGAGAGUACAAAACUCUCCUUCCGGAUGGCAAGACGCAAGUGGUGACUUACGAAUCGGGACCCGAGGGACACAAGGCUAAUGUCAACUACGAAGAAGGUACUAGUUACGUGGCUCCAGUGGCAACCUAUACACCGGCCGCACCUUCUUACGAAACUCCAGCACCUACUUAUGAAACUCCUGCUCCAUCUUACGAGCCUGCCUACGUCGAGCCAGCCUACGAAAAAGUGAAGGUGAGCUACGAAUACGCUGUUGAUGACUAUUAUGGUAACAAGCAUUCCAAGAAAGAAACCAUCGAUGGAGAUACGGCAGUAGGAGAGUACAAAACUCUUCUUCCGGAUGGCAACACCCAGGUGGUCACUUACGAAUCGGGACCUUACGGUCAUCUGGCUAACGUGGCUUACGAGAAGGGCGAGACCUAUGCACCAUCUUACACUCCGGCACCACCCGCUCCAGUCUACACUACAGAGGCUCCAGUUUAUACUACAACUACACCAGCUUACACCACAGAGUAUACCACCACUACACCCGUUCCCACGACCGAGUACACUACAGCUACACCGGCUUACACUACCACUACACCAGUUUACACUACCACUACACCGGUUUACACUACUACUACACCCGUUUACACGACUGAGUACACCACAACUACACCUGCCUACACUACCACUACUCCGGUCUACACAACAACUACCCCCGUCUACACUACUACUACACCGGUCUACACUACAGAGUAUACCACAACCACACCUGCCUACACCACUACUACACCGGUUUACACUACAGAGUAUACUACCACUACACCAGCUACUACUACACCGGUUUACACUACUCCGGCUCCCGUUUAUACUACAACUCCGGCUCCAUACAGCCCACCUGCUUACAGCCCACCAGCGUACAGUCCACCAGCUUACACACCACCAGCUUACACUCCUCCGGCCUACACUCCUCCGGCCUAUACUCCUCCGGCUUACACUCCUCCUGCCUACACUCCUCCUGCUUACACUCCUCCGGCCUAUACUCCUCCGGCUUACACUCCUCCGGCCUACACUCCUCCGGCUUACACUCCUCCGGCCUACACUCCACCGGCCUACAGCACACCGGCUCCUUACAAGGCACCACUUAUUGCACCAUACGUACACACGAAAACGUCGGUUCACUACGUAAAAGUACCUUACGUCGCUCCAGCUCCGGCUCCUUAUUACGCACCAGCUCCUACCUACGAAACUACCACCACUUAUGCUCCUUCUACCUAUGCCCCUUCUACCUACGCUCCUACCACUUAUGCACCCACCUAUGCCCCUACCACUUAUGCUCCUACUACCUAUGCACCUACCACUUACGCGCCUACCUAUGCCCCAGCUCCUGCUCCUUCAUAUCCUGCAUAUCCCCCAUACGCCAUUUCGUCUUACCCUGCUCCCGUUCCUCAGUACCCUGCUCCGGCUGCUCCGGCUGCUCCAGCUCCAUCCUAUUACGUUGCUCCAGCUAAAAUGCCAUCCUACGCUGCUCCUAGCUACUCUGCGCCGACACCCAUGAUGUCCGGCUACGGUAGACGAUAGGCCCAACUCCGGUCGUUUGUCGUUCGGUCAUCAGAAUCCUGCCUUAACAUUUAAACUUUUCAAUUUCAAAUGUUUACACAUUUAAUGACGCCAUGACUUUUCAAAAUGUUUUCUUUCAUCUUUAUUUUUUAGUUUUUUUCUUAUAGUCUUUA